UUAAUUCGACAGCAUCAUGGCUCGCGGUAAAGUCAAGGCAGUGGUGAAGGGAGCAAAAAACUUGAAAAAUGUCGUCAGUGGAGAAGCAAGUGGUUCAAUACUAAGGACAACAAUACCAUCAGGAAAAGCCACUCCAUCUCCACCAUUGGGACCGCAGUUAGGAAAGAAAGGAAUACAGAUUUCACAAUUUUGUAAGCAGUUUAAUGACAUGACAGGCAACAUUAAAGAAGGGCUGCCUUUACCAACUUGGAUCAAAUUAAAGGCGGACCGCAGCAUUGAUAUAAAGCAUGCUAUGCCAACUACAUCUUAUUUUUUAUGUAGUGCUGCAGGAAUUAGUAAGGGAGCCCUAUCUCCAGGUGAAGAAAUAGCUGGAAAAAUAACAUUGAGACAUGUCUACGAGAUUGCCAAGAUAAAGCAAUCUGAAGGAACAAUGGACAGAUUUAACCUUCAGAAUAUCUGUAAGAUGAUAAUAGGUAGUGCUCAUUCCAUAGGAUUACAAGUUGUGAAAGACCUUGAUCCAGAGGAAUACAGACAAUUCCUGAUAGAAAGGGAAAAGGUAGUAGAGGAACAAACAUUGAAAAGACAGGAAGAAGUGGAGGCAAAGUAUUUACGGACAAAGGAGGCUGAAAAAAAAUAACCUGCAUGCUGCAUUUAAAUGGAUGAUUGAUAUAAAGUACAUUUGACCUAAAUCUGUGACUUUUGAGGUAUAAAGUGUGGUGCAAGAAUGGUGUGAUAAAUCUAGCACCACGAUUGUGUAAUAAAACAUGGUGUGAUGCAAAGACACACUUGGGAAUAUUAAUUGUGACUAUGAACAGGUUCCAAAUUUAUCAUAUAUUUUAAUACAGUGUUUAGAGAGUGUGUAGGGAUACCAAAGGAACUGAAUAUAUGCAAUGGAAAUAUUGUAUGUGUAUUUAAGGAUCCCUGUCCCACUGCAGUAUGGUUUUUCCUUUAUACAGUAUCUCCCCUUAAAUUCUGUUUGAUAUAACUGUAGUACAGUUUGGAUAGGCCAUAUACGUUGACCAGGUAGCUCUAUCUGUCAGAGGAAUAGCAUAACAGUAUUAAGUCCAGGGUUCGAAUCCCCACUUGCUGCGAUGAAUUUUUACCCUCAGAACACUUGUUCUUUUAUAUUUUGUUAAUUUCGUAUCUUCACUUUCAAUAUAAUAUCAGUGAGUAAAGCUUUUUUUAAUUAUUCCAAUUUGAUUUUUGUGUAAUGAAUAUGUAAUUCAUGAAAUCUUUCAAUACAAAAUCUAUUAUCUGAUUCACAAAUUGGUUUUAGUCGUUGAAUCAGGCAAUUUCAUACCAUAAUUUCAACUUGUAAUUUUUUCAUGAUAAACAAAUUCGUGAAAUAUAAAUAAAAUGUGUAUAUCGCUAUCAUAAAUUUGUAGUUAUGUUUUAAUUCAUGAUAUCAAUAAAUCGGGCUACUUUCAAUUCAGAAUUGUCAAUAUGUUUUUCUAAAAAAACAAUGACUGCUCCCUCGGGAAGUGAGUGUGAAAUUCAAGAACAGUAACUCUGUCUGGAGAGUAUAACCCUAGGUGCAAGUUGUUGUCCAGUGCUCUCAGCACUCAUUAUUUCGUAUGAAUAUUUUCAGCUCACCUGGCACGAAGUGCCAAGUGAGCUUAUGCCAUGGCGUAACAUAUUUGACC